AUGCAGAAUCUAAAGAAUUUUCAGGUUAUGGUGAGGGAUACAUCUAGAGCUCUAUGUGAUGCACUUAAACCUUUGGUAGAGCAGAUGAUGUUCUUGGAAAAUCUCAUCCUCUUUGUCAUUUUUAGAUUUAUUGAACUAAACAUGGAUUUUGUUGGCUCAUGCUGGGCUGUUGCUAUUGAUGCUGCAUUUCUCCUUUUUGAUGAUGGAGUUUGCAAGACAAGGGCUAUCGUGACACAUCUAUCGCUCCUGCAGAAUAUGUAUUUCGACAUGAAUUGCAUGAAGGUCUAUAAGAUUUACACUGAAGCACUGAAUAGCUCAAAGUUGGCUGCGGAAUUACUUUCUCCCACUGAUCAUCAAGGACUCUUCAUAUUCUCAUUCCAACAGAAACAUUUGGAGAAGGCAGCAAUGAUGAACCAACUGCAAAGACGUGCUCAAACUAUUCAAGAAGGACUCAUUUCCUUGAGAUUUUUCUUGGAGAGCACUGUGGAGUUACCAAAUGAUCAGGAAAAACUCUUAACUCUCAGGGGCCAGGUUUCGGAGGUUGCAUACAGGGUGGAGGACCUCAUUGAGUACCUAAUGAUUGGAAAUCUCCCUGAUUUUGUUUCAGAAAUAGUUUGUUCUGUCAUGAAAGACAUCACCAAUAUUAACUCAGAAAUUGAAGUCAUGAAGAAACCAAAAAUCAUUUGUAGGAAAGUAACGACGGCUCACACUCAAGUGCAAUCAGCUCUCCUCCCCGCAAUGACGAAAGAAAUUGUUGGCUUUCAGGAUCAGGCAAAGUUAAUAAUUGACCGCCUCGAGAGAGGAUCAAGAAACUUGAGGAUCGUAGCAAUUGUGGGUAUGCCAGGCCUAGGUAAGACCACUUUGGCUGAGAAAGUUUGCAAUGCUCCUUCUGUCUUGUACCGUUUCUCUGUCCGAGCCUUCACUACUGUGUCACAAACAUUUGAUAAAAAGGGAGUGCUCAUUGACCUGUUGAGACAAGUUGAUUCUGGCAAAUGCUCCCAGAUUACUGCUGGAACAAGUGCAGAAGAUGCAGCUGAGAUGCUGAGGCGCAGUUUAAAAGGAAAUUGA